GAUAUUUUAUUUAGUUUCAUUUUCAUCAAAUAAUCAAAACACAUCCAUUUCUCCCACUUGUUCCACAACCACAGCGACAACCACCGGUGCCGUAACUCGCGAUGUGGAGAAAAACAAACUCACUGACUCACUUCACACAACUCGCUUCAUCAAAAUCCAACUAUUAUUCACAUCUCCAACCGCUUUCUAUCCAAAUCACCGACGUUGACCAUGCAUAUCGGUCAACAAUCAGAUCCUCCAGUUCCACCGCCGUGACGUCAUCUCCCGGUUUGACCAAAUUAGGUGUUUCCGGAAUCGAUCGUGCUCGGUCGAUUGCCUCGAGUGCCGGUGCCGCCUAUGCGACGUCGUUUAGGGCUAAGGAAGUUGUUGAUGCGUUUAGGCAUUAUGGACAGUGUUAUUGGGAGCUUUCUAAAGCCAAACUUAGCAUGCUAGUGGUUGCUACAUCUGGAGCUGGUUACGUUCUUGGGAGCGGUAGUGCUGUUGACUUAGCAGGACUUUGUUACACUUGUGUGGGAACCAUGAUGGUAGCAGCAUCUGCUAACACGCUAAAUCAGAUAUUUGAGGUUAAGAACGAUGCAAUGAUGAAUAGAACAAGGAGAAGACCGUUACCUUCAGGACGUCUUACUAUCCCUCAUGCAGUUACAUGGGCUUCUUCUGUUGGCCUUGCUGGCACAGUGCUGCUGGCAAGCAAGGCUAAUUUGUUGGCAGCUGGACUUGGAGCAUCAAAUCUUUUUCUUUAUGCAUUCGUAUACACCCCAUUGAAGCAAAUACAUCCAGUGAAUACAUGGGUUGGAGCUGUUGUGGGUGCAAUUCCUCCUCUUCUUGGGUGGGCUGCAGCCUCUGGUCAGAUUUCACUGAAUGGAUGGAUCCUUCCUGCUGCCCUGUACUUUUGGCAAAUACCUCACUUUAUGGCUCUUGCAUAUUUAUGCCGUGAAGACUAUGCCGCUGGAGGGUUCAAGAUGUUCUCUCUUGCCGAUCCUUCGGGUAGGAGGACAGCCUUGGUGGCUCUGAGGAAUUGCAUAUAUCUGAUUCCACUGGGAUACUUGGCAUAUGAUUGGGGUAUAACUUCCGGAUGGUUCUGCCUUGAAUCUACCCUUCUCGCUCUAGCAAUUAGUGGAACAUCAGUCUCAUUUCUUCUGAACCGUAAUAAAGGAACUGCAAGAAGAAUGUUCCAUGCAAGCCUCCUUUAUCUUCCCGUAUUCAUGUCUGGGCUAAUGUUUCACCGAGUUUACAAUGAUGAUGAUCACACACUUGCCGCAAAAAGCACUAAGUAUAAUAUGGUCAUGUCAAAUACAACUAUUGCCCAUGAGCAAGAUAGCAGGAAUGAGAGGGUAAAACACAACCGUUCACGCCCACCUGUAGCGUAUGCGUCUGUUGCCCCUUUCCCUUUUUUGCCAGCUCCUAUAUAUGCAGACUCUUGAGUUAUUCCAACUUGUUUCAUAUACACCUCAUAAUUAUGAGAUCAUUGUAGAAAGGUAACAUGUAAAAGCAUAUUGCUACAGUUCUUCAUUGUUGCGGUUUUAAUUUAGUGUAGGGUUGGUGCGAACAUAUAGCCGGGGUCUUGUUCAUUGUAAAAUUGGUCUGUACUAUGCGCUACAGACUGUGCUUGAUGAAUCCUAAGUUGUGGGCAUAUGAUCAUACCUGAAUUUUGGCAUCGAUGUUUUGCCGAUGACAUUGACAAUAAUUUUGUUAAUGAUCUUGAUGACGUUUGAUUGUGCAAUAAAUUGUAUUGUUUAGAGA